UCUUAAUUCCUACUUGUAUCAUUAUACUUGUGUUUUGUGUAUAUAAAUCGAUGUUAAUCUGACUCCUGUCCUGAUUGUAUAUUUAUUAGGAUAAAUUCAUCUUAAUAAUUAAAUUCCCCGAAUCGGCGUCCAUCUCGUCUCCUCCCCUCCCCUCCCAUCAAUCCCAAUUCGUUCCUUCGCAUAAAUCGAAACCCAACCCUCAAUUCCUUGCAUUCCACAUUCUCCUUAGGAUAAAGUAACCAUGUUCCGACACAUCCUCCCACUACUCCUCCUACUCUUCCUCGCCGCCCCUACUCACUCCCGGAAUCCUCACGUCAUCAACUUCCGCUGGCCCAACCUCUAUCCCGACUCAUUCACAUGGGACCCAAAAUCCGAUCACUUCGUUGUCGGCUCCCUCCGCCAGAGUCUGCUUAUCUCCGUCUCCGAUGCCGGCGUCGUCUCCGCUCUCAUCUCCGACCAUUCCCUCCCCUCCAACGCCUCCUUCCUCGGUAUCUCACUCGAUCCUCGCCUCCACCGCCUCCUCGCCGUCGUCCACUCCCCUCCCUUCUCCGGACUCGUCGCCUACCAGCUCCCCACCUUCCGCCACCUCUUCCUCACCGCACUCAACGGGCUUCUCCCCUCCGAUGCCUUCCCGAACGACGUCGCGGUCGAUUACCUCGGCAACGCCUACGUCACUGACUCAGCCAAUGACGUCAUAUUCAAAGUCACCGAGGACGGCGAGGCGACGAUCCUAUCCAGAUCCAAGGCCUUCAAAUCCCACCCGGUGGACCUCAGCGCCCCGUAUCACAACUGCGGAUUAAACGGCAUUGUUUUCAAUCCCAAAGGUUACCUGUUGGUGACUCAGUCAAACACGGGGAAACUGUUCAAAGUCGACGUUGACGACGGAACGGCGAGGCGGGUGAUCUUGAACAAGGACUUAACGGGGGCCGACGGGAUCGCCCUCAGGAGCGACGGCGUCGUUGUGGUGGUGUCGGCCCAAAAGCUGUAUUUCAUCAAGAGCGACGAUAGUUGGAGCGAGGGGGUAGUGUUUGACGAAACUGCUCUUGAGGAGGAGAGGCAGGCGAGUGCUGUGGCCGUGGGGGCGGAGAACAGGGUUUACGCGUUAUAUGGGCAUGUGAACGAGGGCAUUAAGGGGAAUGCAGAAAGAGAGGAAUUUAGCAUAGUGGAAGUGGAGUCGGAAGAGGAGCAGAAAGAGGAGAAAGUUUGGAUCUUUAUUUUGAUUGGUUUGGGUUUUGCUUAUUUCUUGUUUUGGAGAUUUCAAAUGCGGCAACUUGUGACUAAUAUGAACAAGAAGGCCGCUUGAUUUCUUUUCUUUUUGGGUUAUUUUCCACUUGAUUCAGACAUAGAAUGUAAGUUUCCUUGACACAUGAACACGAAAGAUUAAUUGCUUGGACUGA